AUGUUCCCGUGGCAAGCUCCAAAUGGGUCCAUCUUCCCGCCUCUUCUACAACAAGCUCCGCUCCUGAACUAUUACAUAGCCCAACAACAUUUAGCCAACUUUCUAGCUCAUGUUGGUUUUUUUUCAUUCAAGGAGAUUUUCUUCCGUAUUUUUGAUGACCACAAAAUUUUCUUUCUAGAAAAAACUGGCGCUCCCCUCCACAGAACUGGUCAAGUCUUCGGAUUCGCCUCCAGCGGAAGGAGCGAAGGCCUGCAAAAGACCGUUCGACUUUACGCACAUGGCUGAUUCAAUUGAAACGGAGGAGCAGGAGAGGGCAAAGGUAUACGGUUUUCUCGUCUUGUCAAACCAUCGUCAUGGCUCUCAACACGUUGUUAAUUAAUUUGAUUGAUGUUCAAAAAGUACAUAACUCAAGUGAAUGGCGCGAUAGUGACACUUUCUUAUCAAUUUGAACGGCUCCGUGUUUUCUUUUUUUGAAACGAGCCUGUUUUUUGUUUUCGAGAUUUAGAUUCCUAAUUAUAAAAGUGUUUAGACUUUUUCGGAAAAAGGGAUUUUAACUUUUCCUAGGAGUUUUCCGAAAAUUGCCCCGAAAAAAUGCUGCGAAAAAAAGGUCAACUAUUGAAAAGUUAUGAGCGAAAUGUUCCUUAAAUUUGGUUGAAAAAAUGUAUUCGCCCUGCCGUGGAAGGAGUUUUCAUCAUUUUUUUCUGUUGAUCCGGUCUCUAAGAAAGUCUUUUAGUCAUCAAUGAAAUAACUUGGAGUUGAAAAAGCUCACGAGUUGAAACGAAGUCACUUGUAGCUUUAACUGUUUGCAACUGUGCGGAAUCGCAGAUUUUUAGCGUUUUUAGUACGAUCUCACAAAAAAAGCAAAAAAAAAAAAACACAGCGGUUUUCUGAAUUGAAAAAUAAAGAGUUUGAUGAGAUUUAUCACUCAUGUGGAACUCUUUGCAGGCUCCGAAGUUAGACCUCUCUCCGGCUGCUUCUACGAUGAUGUCUUCCAUGAGCGGCUUGCCACUGACGUCGCUGCCGAGCCUUUCCGGUUUGGCGAACAUGCCGCCCCUUCAGAGCAUGCCGAACUACGAGCAACCAUGGUAUGUGUACCGAUUGACCGGAUUAAUCAACAAAAAGUCCUCAGGUUCUUGCUCCCGAAUCGUGGUCGCGUUACCGGUCGGUCCAGCAGGCCGAAGAAGGAAUUCAUCUGUAAAUAUUGUCGUCGAAACUUCACAAAGUCGUACAAUUUGCUCAUUCACGAAAGGUUAGUCUAGUGAAGUUAUCUAAACGGCUUUCAUAGAAAUAAUGAAAAAGGCUAGUUUAUCAAUUUGUGUACACAGAUAUCCAUUGCAGAACUCACACAGAUGAACGGCCGUAUUCUUGUGACACCUGCGGCAAAGCCUUUCGUAGACAGGACCACUUGAGGGACCACAAGUAAGUAAUUUUCGAACAGCUUGCUCGGCAAAGUUACCGUUUUUCGAAGCAGGUUUAUUCAUCAAAAGGACAAGCCAUUCAAGUGCGACAUUUGCAACAAGGGGUUCUGCCAAGCGCGCACCCUUCUUGUCCAUAAAAACACACACGCCGACAUGUCUCGCAUCUCCCUUCCCGCCAGUUCUUUGGUACGUUUCGAGCCUCUGUCUUUCCAUCAAUAACACCAUCCGCUAGUAGCAUCGAAUAUAUGUCAGCAAAGCUUUAUGUAUCUUUUUUAAGAAUUGAUCCAAUCAAAACUAGUCUCUAAGACGUUCUAAAAGCCUAAGGUUCUCGAAAAAUGAAUCAGAACAAGAUUCUCGAUGUACAAAAUCUAUCAGAUUUCUCAUUUAAAGUCCACAGGUGCUAAAAAAAAAUUCAUAUAAAAAUUACCGUUUUUCAAACUUUUUUAAUUUAUCCACCAGUUGAAAACUUUUUUCGGGAUGGUUUUCCUGCAAUUGCAACUUCUAAAUAUAAUAUCGUCGAAUGUUUUUUUCUUAAAUUAUGUGCUCCGAUGUUCAAUUUUUCAGCAAGAUUAUAAAUUUCGCGGGAGUUUUUUUAUAUUGAAAAUAAAGUUUGAAAAAAAUAGACUUUUUUUAUGUUAUAUUAUUAAAGUUUAGUUAUUAAAACGAAGUCUCCCUAGGUUUCAUUUUUUUUCCGGUCCUGGAAAUUGCAACUCGAACAGUUUCUUGUUCAUUUAGAAGUUCGAAAAGAGGUUUCGAAUGCUGGGAAAUUGGCCUAUUUGAAUUUUUAUACUAUAUUUACAAAAAAAUGUGAUUUUUUUCAAAAAAAGUUUGCGGUACAACUCUUCUUGUCAGCCUAUUUUUGGAGAAUAAACGAAAAAAUUCAGUAUUAUUGAGUAUCUUGCAGAUGGGGUCGCCACCAAUCAGCCACGAAAACAAAAGCGAAGGGAGUUUGAGCCUGACGCCGUUCUCGUCGCCUCAGCCAUCGCCGUCUCCCCGAAUGCAGAGUCCCUUCAACUAUGUAUCACAAAUCUAA